GCGACGGUCAUCCUGUUUGAAGCGGUUGCCGACUUCCACGUGGAGGCGGCUAACCGAAACGCGUCCUCCGUUGUUUACGCCUGUUCUUUCUUGCUCACAGUUUUUUCUUCUUUUUAUUAUUAUUAAUAUUAUUAUUAUUAUUAUUAUUAUUAUUAUUAUUAUCAUCAUUAUUAUUAUUAUUAUUAUUAUUAUUAUUAUUAUUAUUACUAUUACUCUUUUGAGAUUAUUCCUGUUUUCUGACUUCCCCUUCCUGACUUCCAUUCGAGUGAUACAUAUAUUUCGCGAAGGAUAAAGGAAAGGCGUUUAAAAAGUGAUAUUUAGAGUGUGUUGGACCUACGAAAAAGAGAGAGAGAGAAAGAGAGAGAGAGAGAGAGAGAGAGAGAGAGAGUGACAGUGAGAGUAUAAAACGACAAAAGAAAUAAAAAAGAAUAUUAUUAUUUGAAAGUUAACGCGUGAACGUAAAGAAUCGUAAUGCGAUUCGAAACGCGUUCUUCGUGCUUGUUUUACUUUCAACAUAUUUAAUAUUAUAUACAUUACGUAGAGUGAGACUCGAAAGAUAUAACGUGCGCGAAAAAAGUGAGAUUAUCAAAAAAAAAUCGGUAUUUGGAUUACCUAUUUGGAGUUUCUUCCUCUUGUGUCCCCGCAGCUGCUUGGAAACUUGGAAGAGAAAUACCUAUCUUCGAGUGGCCGAACAAAGGAAGGGAACGAAGAAGAAAGAAGCUCUUCGUUGGACAAGGACAACGUUUUUACAAGGUAUCGAAAAAAAUAAAUGAUAUAAGGAAGACUGAAAGUGGUAUCUCGAGGAAUCGGAAUUCUCUCUUUGUGGAAGCUCGACGUAGACGUCGCCGUAGGAAUUCCAUCGACGAUGAGCUAGCGACACGAUGAGGAGGAUGAAGGAGCGCGCGCUGCUCGCCUGGCCAUGGUUGUGGCUGUGGCUGUUCGCAGCCACGCCAGGUACGCCGUCUUCCGACGCUUCCAUCCAGAGCACUCUCUUCCCUAUAUCAUCGUCAAACAUUGAAGGCGUAGCACCGAAAACGUUAUCCUUCUCGACGAUCGGUACUACGACAGCAAUGACAACGAUGCUGUCUUCGUCAACAACGGCAAUGAUGUCGACAACGACGCAAUUUCCAAUUCCGCCGACUAUUACGAGCGUCGCAACGACAGCAUCGGCACCUUUCAUAGCAGAAUUGAGUUCCUCGCCAAGGUACAAGUUUGCGUUUACGCGAUCUCUCUAUAACGUUUCGAUUCCCGAGAAUUCGAUAGGAAAAACAUAUGUCGUGCCAGAAGAGAAGAUGGGAAUAAGAUUGAACAAUCGUGAAAGUGGCCAUGUAGAAAUACGCUUUCGUAUAACGAGCGGUGAUCGCGACAAGUUUUUCAAGGCCGAAGAACGCGUUGUCGGUGACUUCUGUUUCCUAUUGAUUCGGACUCGAACCGGUAACGUCGACGUGCUCAAUCGCGAACGUAAGGAUCGUUACGUGUUAGAGGUACGUGCGACCUCGACCAAGCGGGACGGUAAGAACAAAGCGAUCGUCCUCGAGGCGGACACGACGGUGGUGGUGACGGUUCUCGACACGAACGAUCUCAAUCCGUUGUUCUAUCCGACCGAGUACGAGGCAACCGUCACGGAGGAUACGCCUCUGCAUCGGAGUAUACUCAGGGUAACUGCCGAAGACGCUGAUCUUGGCAGGAAUGGCGAGAUUUACUACAGCUUCGCCCAAGAGAACGACCAGUUUGCUGUUCAUCCGGUUAGCGGGGUUAUUACGCUCACGAGACCACUCAGGUACGCCGAGCACGCCAUACAUGAACUAGUGGUCUUAGCGAAGGAUCGUGGAGCACUAUUUCGUAACGUGGGUACUAUUCGAGCAAGCACGGCAAAGGUCAUGAUCAGGGUGCGACAGGUGAAUCUGCACGCCCCAGAAAUCUAUGUUCACCACCUGCCUGACAUAGUAGAGCAUUCGAACGCGGACAUCUAUGCUAUCGUACGAGUGAUUGACCGUGACGAGGGCAUACACGGGGAGAUCGCGAGCUUGGACAUCGUUGGUGGCGACCCGGCCGGACACUUCAGGAUACGGCAGGCUGGUCCGACUGAAUACAACAUCGAAGUUUUGCGUUUGUUGGAUAGAGAGACUGCCUUGCAGGGUUACAAUCUUACUUUAAGGGCUAUGGAUCGUGGUAUACCACAACGUUUCAGUUACAAAUCUGUACCGGUACAUUUGGCCGAUCUGAAUGACAACGCACCAGUCUUUAGUCGGGAAAUUUAUGAAGAAGCCGUGCCAGAAACUGCUCCAGUCAAUACGCCGGUGAUCAGAUUGAAGGUGACCGAUGCUGAUGAGGGAAAAAAUGCUUUAGUAUUUUUAGAAAUAGUUGGUGGUAACGAAGGUGGCGAAUUUUAUGUAAACGCUGAGACAGGAAUGCUCUAUACCGCAGUUAAUCUAGACGCAGAAAAGAAAGCCUUUUAUACUCUUACCGUUUCUGCGAUCGAUCAGGGAAACACAGGUACAAGGAAACAGUCUUCCGCCAAAGUGAAAAUCAACGUGAUAGAUACGAACGACAACGACCCGGUCUUCGAGCAGUCCGAGAUGGAAGUCUGGAUAGACGAGAAUGAAGCAGCUGGUACCUCGGUCGUCAAGGUCACGGCGAAGGAUCGUGACUCAGGCGAGAAUGCUUACAUAUCCUACAGCAUCGACAACAUCAAGAAAGUACCUUUCGAGAUCGAUCAUUUCACGGGGAUCGUGAGGACGAAGCAGGUGCUCGACUAUGAAACGAUGAAGAGGGAUUAUCUGUUGCACGUGAGAGCAAGUGAUUGGGGCUUGCCCUAUCGUCGCCAAGCGGAGAUGAGCUUACGAGUUAGAUUGCGAGACGUCAAUGAUAAUCGUCCUCAGUUCGAGAGAAUCGAUUGCACCGGGCACGUGCCAAGGUACGUUCCAAUCAGCUCCGAGAUCAUCACCGUUUCCGCGAUAGAUUUCGACGCGGGUAAUAUCAUCAGUUAUCGCAUAGUUUCCGGAAAUUCUGACGGAUGUUUCACACUUGAUUCAGCGACCGGUGUUCUAUCGGUCGCCUGUGAUCUUUCCGAUAUAAAAGCGACCGAAAGAAUCGUCAACGUCACGGCGACGGAUGGUACUCAUUUUGCCGACGUGAAUCCAGUUCACAUGCAUCUGGUCAACGCCAAGAGGAAUCUUGCCUCUCAAGGAAGAAUUCUUUCCGACGAAAGCGGAGCAUUCGAGUGCAAAGACACCGGUGUUGCUAGACGUCUGACGGAUGCCAUUGCUUCGGCAGAAAGAAAUAACAUGCCGUCUCGGAACGACGAGUAUUCUUUGACUCCAAGUCGCUAUGGAGAGAACGUCCACGCACCGGAAUUUAUCGAUUUUCCAAACGAAAUCAGAACGAACGAAUCCGUCAAACUUGGUACUACGCUUGCCAAAAUAAGAGCGAGAGAUCGCGAUUUAGAUUACAACGGUAAGCUCGUCUUUUGUAUUUCCAGUGGCGAUCGAGAUUCCGUUUUCGGGAUCGAUCCGGACACGGGUGAUCUUAACGUCAUUGGUUAUUUAGAUCGAGAAAGAGAAAGUGAAUACUUUCUCAACAUAAGUGUAUACGACUUGGGUAAACCACAAAAGUCAGCAUCAAAAAUGUUACCGGUAACAGUUCUGGACGUGAACGACAACGCACCGAAAUUCGAAAAAUCUCUCGCUAGCUUUCGUAUCUCGGAAAACGCUCUGAAUGGUACGAAUGUUUGGCGUGCGAAUGCGACGGAUACUGAUCUUGGUGAGAACGCACGUGUGACCUAUUAUCUCGUUACGGAGACGAACGAUUUCAAAGUCGAUCCUAUUACCGGUGUAUUGAGCGUCUUCGGAAAGCUCGAUAGAGAAAGACAAGAACUUUACGAACUGAAGAUUCGUGCGAAGGACAACGGUGGAAAAGGUACGACCGAUUCGCCGCCAUUAUACUCGGAUGCUUUGGUUCGCGUGACUGUCGAAGACGUGAACGACAAUGCGCCGAGCUUCGCUUUACCUAACUACAACGCAAAGAUUCGCGAGGAUGUGCCAAUUUGGAGCGUUGUUGCCGUUGUUGACGCUACUGAUCCAGAUGAAGGAGCUGGUGGUGACAUCGAGUAUUUCCUUUCAGACGCUAUGGAAAGUGAAGGAUUUUUCAAGGUCGAUAAACUCUCCGGUACUGUUAGAACAACACAAAGCUUAGAUUUCGAGGAACGGCAAGUACACACUCUCGCUAUUGUUGCCAAGGACAGAGGGGAACCUUCGAUGUCUUCCGAAACAUUGCUCGUCAUUGAAGUGGUUGACGUUAACGAGAACCUUCAUGCUCCGAUCUUCGACGAUUUCGUUAUCUCUGCGAAUGUUUUCGAGAACCAACCGGUUGGUACUCUAGUGACUAGUGUACGUGCCAAGGAUGCGGACCCACCUGGUGGUGAUUCCAGAAUAGGCUAUAGCAUACGGGCUGGUGAUGGCAUCGGGAUAUUCUCAAUCGAUAAUGAAGGAAAUAUAAGGACAAAAGCGGUACUCGACGUCGAAACGAAAAACGGAUAUUGGCUAACAGUUUAUGCACAGGAUCAUGGAGUUGUGCCUUUGAGUUCGAGUUUAGAGGUUUAUGUCGAAGUGUUGGACGAAAAUGACAAUACACCGCUGACCGAGCUUCCCGUUUACUAUCCUUCCGUGCCGGAAAAUUCGCCAGCCGGUGUUAGUGUACUGCAGAUUCGAGCCUUCGAUCGUGACGCCUCGCCCCAACAAUUCACUUUUUCCAUCAGCAGCGGCAAUCCAGAGGGUUAUUUUCUCAUCAACUCCAGUACUGGUUUGAUCACAACGAGCGGUAGAAAAUUGGAUCGAGAGAAUCAAGCGGAGCACGUUUUAGAGGUGACAGUGAGAGACGACGGCAGACCGCCAUUAUCCUCAACAACAAGAAUAGUCGUAGAAGUUGCCGACAUCAACGAUCAUGGACCAGAAUUCGAGCAAAAGUUUUAUACCGUUCAAAUUCCUGCCACACCGUCCACCGAUAAACCAUUCUUCCAGGUUCUAGCAAAUGACAAAGAUAUCGGCGACAAUGGAAAAAUUCAAUACAGUAUUAAGGGAGGCCGUGGAAAAGGCAAGUUUAAAAUUCAUCCUACCACUGGGAUGGUGUAUUCCCAACGUGGAUUUGAAGCAGGACAGGAAUACGAAAUGAUGAUACGAGCAACCGAUUGUGGUGAACCUCAACGUAGUCACCAAACUCGAGUUUCCGUCCAAGUAGUCGAAGUGGCCAAAGAAUCCGAAAAUCCACCAGUUUUCAAAAGUAAUAAUCAAAGCGUAGAGAUGACGGAAAGCGAUGAAGUAGGCUUUUUAGUUACUCUCGUUCAGGCCACAGAUAAAGACGGCGAUUCUCUGUGGUACGAUAUUUUAGAUGGUGACAAGCGAGACGAAUUUUUCAUAGGGCGUGAUAAUGGUAAUGUGCUAUUAGCCAAGCAAUUAGAUUGGGAAACGCAAAAUUUUUAUAAUCUUACGAUUGGCGUUACUGAUGGCGUACACACGGCCUUAACACAACUCUUGGUCACGGUGAUUGACAUAAACGAUCAUAGGCCAGAGUUCACUGAGAGCACCUAUCACGUGGACAUUUCGGAAAACGUUCCAAAAGGCGAAAAAAUUCUUCAAUUGCACGCGACCGACGCGGACGAGGACAAAAAAGUAUUUUAUAGUUUACACGCAGCCCAAAGUCAAGCUUCCUUGGGUAUUUUUCAUGUAGAUUCAAUCAGUGGUGCUGUCACAUUAAACGAACCUCUCGAUCGAGAAACUAUAGAGGAACACGUGUUGACGGUAAUGGUGAAAGAUCAAGGAACACCAGCAAAACGAAAUUAUGCAAGAGUCAUCGUCACAGUUCAUGAUCACAAUGACCAUGCGCCCGAGUUCAUUAGUGAGAUCAUUCAAGGAAAGGUUUACGAAACAUCUCCGAUUGGUACGGCCUUUGUACGAGUUUGUGCUAUUGAUAGAGAUCGAGGCGAUAACGCAAGGAUCACUUAUUCUAUUACUUCUGGAAAUGUUGGUAACAUUUUCUCUAUUGAUCCCAUAUUAGGAGACAUUAGAGUAGCUCGAGAACUGGAUUUGAGCGUUUCAGCGGAAUACAUAUUAUUAGUAAAAGCCGUCGAUCACGGUUCACCUGCUCUCGCCAAUACUGUACCAGUUCACGUGAUGGUUACCAUGGCGGACAAUGCUCCACCUCGUUUCGUUCAACGAGAGUUGUCCGCUGAGAUCUACGAGAAUCAACAACUGGGCACUUACGUGAAGCACGUAGAUGCCAGAAGUACCUCAUCCUUGCAAUUCGAGAUCACUCGAGGAAAUAAAGAUGAUACGUUCUUCGUUAAUCCUAGUACCGGGGUUAUCGUUGUGAAGAACCCUUUAGAUUAUGAAAAGAGGAAGUUCUAUAAUUUAACAGUAGCUGCUACAAACAUGGCUGGUGCUACAGCUGUCUGUAACGUGAUUGUUCAUGUGCUUGAUAGAAACGAUAACGCACCACGCUUCAUUCAAGCGGUUUACAGUGGUGAAAUCAGUGAAGGUGCGACUAUAGGAUCAUUAGUACUUACCAACACAACUACACCUCUCGUUAUAAAAGCAGAAGAUGCCGAUUCGGAAUUGAACGCUUUAUUGAAUUACGAUAUCGUCGACGAUCUACCAAGAAAGUAUUUCCACAUUGAUUCUAGUACCGGCGCUAUUAGAACUGUGAUGGUGUUAGAUCACGAAACUAUUCCAGAGUUUACAUUCCACGUUAAAGUAUCUGACUUGGGAAAGCCUAAACUUUCAUCGGAGACUACGGCUAAAGUCAUGAUAGCUGUGACUGACGUGAAUGAUUGUCCACCAAAAUUUCUUCAAAAUGAUUACAACGCAACACUUCUCUUGCCUACAUACAAGAACGUUGCUGUUCUUCGAGUGAACGCUAUAGAUCCUGAUAGUUCCGAAGGUGUUUCGUUAAGAUACGAUAUUAUCGAUGGCAACAAGGGUCAUACAUUUGACAUAGAUUCUCAAACUGGUAUCAUCACGGUUCUCAAUUCUGAACGAAUUAAAAAGAAUUAUUUGUUACACGUUCGUGUAUCGGAUGGAAAAUAUUCAAGUGUCGCACAAGUAAAUAUAGUCGUCGAAAAAUCUGAAAAUUCAGGCUUAAUCUUCCAAAAGGAUGUUUAUGAAGGCAACAUUGUUGAAAAUUCGACGAAAAUCAGAACGGUGGUGGUAGUCAAUGUUCUCGGUACUGUAUUGAAUGAACACAUAGUCUUUAGAAUCUUAAAUCCUACCAAUAUGUUCAUUAUUGGACCAACUUCGGGAGCGAUUAGAACAACUGGAGUAAGAUUUGAUCGGGAGACCUGCGAUCAUUACGAAUUGAUCGUAGAGGCAAAGAGUCAAACGAGGGAUAUGGAAAAGCCCAGAGUGGCUCACGUUAUAGUUAACGUCACGAUUUUGGAUAUCAAUGAUAAUUGUCCUAUGUUCGUAAAUCUGCCAUAUUACGCUGUCGUUUCCGUCGAUGCUCAGAAAGGAGAUGUGAUAACGAAGGUGCACGCGGUUGAUAUGGAUAGCGGUGACAAUGGUGAGGUUAGAUAUGAAUUGAAAAAAGGACACGGAGAACUUUUCAAAGUUUGUCGAAAAACCGGAGAGAUUUCGUUGAAGCAAAACCUCGAAGGACAUAAUCGGGAGUAUCAGCUGACGAUAGCCGCGUACGACGGAGGAAUAACGCCAUGUUCCAUUGAGGUGCCAGUCAACGUGAAGGUGAUAGAUCGUUCGAUGCCGGUCUUUGACAAGCAAUUUUACACAGACAGUGUACUUGAAAGUAUCGAAGUACACUCGCCUCUAGCACUAUCCAUACAAGCUGAGUCACCAUUGAAUCGCAAACUCAUAUACAGUAUUACCAAAGGCAAUGAUUUCGAAGAAUUCGCUUUGGACUUCAACACCGCCCCCGACAGUAACAAUGGUCCUUGUGUAAUCUAUGUGGUGGAUGAGCUGGAUUAUGAACAAAAGAAGCAAUACGAACUGACCGUACGUGCCACUGACAGUGUGUCAGGGGUUUACGCGGAGGUGCUCGUUAGCAUACUAGUUCUCGAUGUCAACGACUGUCCUCCUGAAUUUACUCAAGACUCUUACAACAUUUCCGUCUCCGAGGCAGCUCCAUUUGGUACUUCCGUUUUGAAAAUCAGUUCCAGAGAUAACGAUACGGGUAUAAAUCAAAAGGUACGUUACGCGAUUCAAAACGAUACGGAGAACAGAAAUGAUCUUUUCCACAUCGAUCCAGAGGAAGGUGUGAUCUUUUUAAAGAGAUCGUUGGACCACGAAAGUUACGAAUCACAUCACUUUACCGUAGUUGCGAUAGACCGUGGGGUACCAAGCCUAUCAAGCACAGCUCACGUUUGGGUAACUGUAAUCGACAUGAACGACAAUCCACCCAAGUUCGAACAACCCUCAUACACGUGCUUCUUAUCAGAACACGCUGAACGAGGACAAUUUGUAACGGUAGUAUCGGCGAGCGAUCCAGAUUACGUGGACGAGAAAUUAACCUAUACGAUCGUUGGUGGUAACGAACAGCAAACUUACAAUAUCGAUCAAUCCACCGGUAUUAUUUCUUUAAUUAACAUGCAAAACUUCGGCGAACAUAAGUUAAGCAUGUUGAACGUUUCGGUGACCGAUGGAGUAUAUACUAGUUUUACUCGAGUAAAGAUCGAAAUAUUGCCAGCCAAUAGACAUAAUCCCAAGUUUCCAAAUCCAGUGAUCGAAGUUACCGUAUUGGAAAAUCAAUUGCCAGGUCGACUGGUUACCAGCGUGUUAGCUACAGACGAAGAUUUUGGAGAGUAUGGAACUAUCGUUUACAGCAUUCCUUCGAACUUGAUGAGAGAAAUUUUUGACAUAAACAAACUGACCGGUGAAAUAGUAACGAGAAAGAAGCUCGAUCGGGAGAAGCAAAAGCUCUACGAGAUUCCAGUUAUGGCGACUGACGGAGGUGGGAGAUCUGGUUUCGUAAUGGUUCGAGUGAAAAUCGGAGAUGAAAAUGACAACCCACCAAUUUUCCUACUGAGAGAAUACAAAGCUACGAUUCAUAGUAAUCUUUCGGUGAAUACGUCUUUCCUAAAAGUUAAAGCUCAGGAUGCUGAUGAAGACGAAGCCGCCAAAAUCACCUAUUCGAUCUACGAACCACAAAAUUCCGAGGCCAGGGCAUUAUUUGGUAUCAAUCCCGAGACUGGUUCUUUGUAUCUACAGAAAAGUGCCGUACCUUGGGAAAAUCAAUUAUUCGAGAUCUUCAUUCGAGCAGAAGACAAAGGUACGACUCCUCAUCACACGGAUGUACCUUUAAACAUCUACAUUAUGGCACCUCAAGACAUUCCUCCAUUGUUUGAACGCAAAGAAGGAAAAUUCUUUAUUUCGGAAGAUUCUCCAAUAGGAACACCAAUAACGAGAUUAAAAACCGUCACAAAUAGUACCGUGAAAUAUCGUAUUGUCUCAGGAAACGAGGAUUCGCCGUUCUUUUUAAUCGAUUCUCAUGGUCAAAUAACUUUAGGAAGAUCAUUGGAUCGAGAACAAAAAGAUAAUCAUCUAAUUGGCGUUCUCGCUGAAACAGAUUCGAGUCCUCCACUUACGGCUCUCGCAGAAAUAUCUCUUCAAGUUUUCGACGAGAACGAUCAUGCACCAAAAUUCGAAAGUAAUCCUUACGUUAUUACUUUAGCGGAAAAUGUGGAGGAAGGGACGUCUAUAUUAAAAGUUAUUGCCCACGACGAGGAUCUUGGUAGUAACGGAGAAGUUCGAUAUUCUUUUGGAUCUGAUAUAGGGGAAUUGGCGAAUGUCUAUACUGUGGAUGUAUAUACCGGCUGGAUUUCUACCUUGGUACAACUCGAUAAAGAAAAACAACCGGAAUAUAAGUUUCAGGUGGUAGCGACCGAUAAUGGAAAUCCUAAACAUUUCGCAAGGACAUCGGUACAUAUCAAAUUGAAAGAUUACAAUGACAAUCCACCGAUGUUUGUUGACGAUCGUUACGAAGCGGCAGUGAACGAAGACGCCUUACCAGGGACGGUAGUCGUAAAAUUGGUCGCAGUCGAUAAAGACACGGAUAUCGUAACGCCAAUAGAAUUUUAUAUAACGUCGGGAGAUCCAAGAUCUCAAUUCCAAAUCAGAUCGACCGGAGAAGUAUACGUUGCGAAAGCUUUAGAUAGAGAAACGAUCGAUCAUUACGAGCUCGAUAUUGUUGGUACCGAUGGAAAAUAUGUUUUCGAUACAAAAGUAACUGUUCAAGUUUUGGACGUUAACGACAAUCCUCCGUACUGCUUAAGAUAUCGUUAUAGAGAAGUUCUUUCGGAAGGAUCCCACCCGGGUACUUACGUACUCACCGUUCUUGCUACAGAUUACGAUGAUGAGCCAAAUGCUAAAUUACGUUUCUAUUUGACCGGUGAUAAUAAUGAUAAAUUCUCUUUGGACAAAGAAACGGGUGUCUUAAAAAUGGUAGGUCAAUUGGAUAGAGAAACUCAGGCAAAAUAUUCGUUGACUGCUCAUGUACAAGAUAGGGAUAAACCUUCUUGGGAAUGUUCUUCUCAAUUGGAGAUACUCGUUUCCGACUUGAACGACAACAUGCCGAAGUUUACGAUGCAAACUUAUAGCACGACCCUUCCCGAAGAUGUAGAAGUUGGAACUUUGGUAACGAAAGUACAUGCUACGGACGAUGACAUUGGUAUAAAUCGUAAAAUUAGAUACGAAUUCAUCGAUUCCGCGGACGGACAUUUCCUCAUCGCUGCUGAUAGUGGUAUAGUUACUUUAGCCAAACCGUUAGAUAGAGAAACCAAAGCCAUGUAUAACGUUACCAUUAAAGCUCUCGAUCAGGGAACACCACAACUCGUUAAUAUUGCCUCGCUAAUUGUCAAUGUUCAAGAUAUCAAUGACAAUCCACCAGAAUUCGCGUCGAAACUUUAUUAUUCGAAAGUACCAGAGAUCUAUGCAGUUGGUACCGAAGUAGCGAGAGUUCUUGCAACAUCCAAAGACACCGGAGUUAAUGCCGAUGUUUAUUAUUCAAUCGUGGGUGGAAAUGAACAUAAGAAGUUCCAAAUAGACACGAAAACCGGUGUGAUAGCGAUCGCCGAACAAUUGGAUUACGAACGUGCUCGCGAUUACUUUUUAACGAUUCAAGCUAUCGACGGUGGUAUUCCACCUUUGAGUAAUCAUGCUACGGUUAACAUCACCGUUAUCGAUAGUAAUGAUAACGCACCGAUAUUCAGCGAAGUUUCCUAUCGAGCAUCGGUCAGAGAAGACGCUAAAAUCGGAGAAAGAGUCACGCAGAUUUUCGCAAAAGAUCUCGACAGUGAAGAAAACGGAAAUGUUUCUUAUUAUAUAGAACGAGGGGACAGGCAAAAACAGUUUAAUAUCGAUCAGAAAACUGGACAAAUUACGGUCGCAGCACCUCUCGAUCGAGAAGAGGUCUCUAAUUACAUAUUGGAAGUUCAUGCACGCGAUAGCGGUUUGCCAAUGCUUUCGAGCUUCGUCAUGGUGAAUAUCGAGAUUCUCGAUGCAAACGAUAACCCACCAUUGUUCUCGAUGCCAAAUUAUACAGCUGUCGUUCAAGAGGACAAACCAAUCGGUCACGUUAUUCUCCAAUUUGUCGUUACCGAUGCUGACACCGAACCCAACGCUGCACCUUAUACGUUCGACUUUCGCUCUGGAAACGAGGGUGACGCCUUUAGAUUGGAACAAGACGGUACUCUUCGCACAGCCACUAAAUUUAAUAACAGAGUAAAGGACAAGUACAUAUUGCACGUUCGUGUAUUCGAUAAUGGAAGUCCACCUUUGUAUUCUGAUUCAUGGGUAGUGGUAAAAGUGAUCGAAGAAUCUCAAUAUCCACCUGUCAUUACGCCUCUUGAAGUGAUCAUUAAUUCUUACAUGGACGAAUAUCCUGGUGGUGUUAUCGGUAAAGUUCACGCGACGGAUCAAGAUCAAUAUGACACGUUGCUGUUCAAUUUGGUGCCAUCUUCCCCAAUACCUAAUACCGAUCUUUUCGAGAUAAAUAAAUUUGAUGGAACUUUAAUAGCUUUACCUAGACUUGAUGUCGGUGAAUACAGAGUUAAUGUUAGUGUGACCGACGGCAAGUUUCAUUCUCAUUCGAUCAUAAAAGUUAACGUCGAUCUGAUAACGGAAAAGAUGUUGGAAAAUUCAAUGAUCGUAAGGUUCAGAGAGGUCAGCCCUGAGGACUUUAUAUUGAGUCAUCGAAAAGGUUUCGUCAGAACGGUUCGUAAUGCUAUAAGUUGUAAGUUAAAAGAUAUCAUCAUUAUUAGCGUUCAACCAUCGCUCGAUGAAAUCAAUACGAUAAAGUCACGAGCGAUCAGAGAAGUCGUACACAACGAUCUAGAUCUUCUUUUCGCUGUGAAAAAACCAGCAACGCCACUCGGAACGGUCACAUUUUUCUCAUCGGAAGUUCUUAGAGAAGCCUUGAAUCAGCAUAUCGAAGAACUCGAAGAAUCGACGAAGCUGGUAGUCGAAGAGAUCGUUAGAUUUAAAUGCAUCAAAGGUUAUUGUGUCUACGGAGAUUGUCAUUAUAAGAUCAGUCUGGAUCCUACGUUGAUAACACCAGUCGCGACCGAUGUGAUGAGCUUCGUAUCGCCGCGACAUCGACACAAAAUGGAAUGUGAUUGCAAAGAGGGAUAUGCCGGAAAUCAUUGUGAAGUGGUUGUCAACGAGUGCGCUCGAAAUCCAUGUCCAUUAUUUAAAGUUUGCGUACCAGAUUCAAGCAUUCAAGGAUAUUCUUGUCAAUGUCCGGAUGGUUUCGCUGGACAAACUUGUGACAUUGACAUUUCCAAAUGUCAUGACGAAUCCUGCUAUAUACCACGGAAUCCAAUAUCUUUCAGUGGCAAAAGUUAUGCGCGUUAUAGAAUCGACAAAGCUCUUAUAAGACAAACGAUUGAGGAUCGCCUUAGUCUCUCCCUUAGGAUAAGAACGAUGCAACCAACGGGUAAUCUCAUGUAUGCGGCUGGCAAAGUGGAUUAUAACAUUCUUGAAGUGGUUAAUGGCGUUAUCCAAUAUAGAUUUGAUUUAGGAAGUGGCGAGGGUUUGGUCCGAGUGAGUAGUGUUUAUGUAAGCGAUGGACAAUGGCACGAGAUCCAAUUGGAACGUGAAAGCAAUAGCGCUAGACUGACCGUCGAUGGAAAACAUGUGGCACAUGGUUCAGCGCCCGGAAUUAAUGAUAUCCUCAAUCUUCAAUCAGAUGAUCUCUACUUGGGUGCCGAGGUACGACAGCAUCCCUCGAUUAUCGGCUUCGAAGAUGUUCAAAGAGGAUUUGUUGGUUGCAUGGACGACGUGAGGAUCGCCAGGGUCUCAGUUCCAUUGCACAUGAGCGGUGCUAGUAGCGUCGCAAUUUUAAGACGUUUCGCCAAUGUCGAAUUCAGUUGUGAUACCGCGGUCGUUCUAGUUCCGCCUGGUAUUUGUGGUUCUCAGCCUUGUCAAAACGGUGGUACAUGCAAAGACUCUGGCGCAGAUAGUUACGAGUGUCAGUGUCACAGCAGAUUCGCUGGAACUACCUGCCAAAUUGACACGGACCCGUGUGCUUCGUCUCCUUGUCUUUAUGGAGGUCGUUGCAAAAUCAUUCCGGAGGGUGGUGAUUUUACCUGCGAAUGUGUCGGACCGAGUUUAACCGGGAAACGCUGCGAAUUCGGAAAAUAUUGUAGUCCGAAUCCAUGCAAUCACGGUGGUGUCUGCGAAGAGGGUAACAAUGGACCGAUAUGCAAGUGCCAAGGUUUUACGGGCGAACAUUGCGAAAAUGAUGUUAACGAAUGCGAUGCGAAACCUUGCACGAAUGGUGGAACUUGUGUAAACGAGAUCGGAACGUACAGAUGCGUCUGUCCACCGAACAUGACUGGUUUGAAUUGCGGAAAUCCUGCUUACUCGACACCCAUUAUAUCCAGUCACUUUAAUAUCACCUGGGAACAACUCAUGUGGAUUGGCAUUGCGAUUGUCGCUAACGCUUUUCUCAUCAUCAUGUUCUUUGCCUUUCGAAGACUAAAAAUAAAACGCUCGAGAGCGCGAGCCGACAACAUCAAUAACGAAACGAGAAAGCAGAUUGUUUUAAAUUCAGCCCGACCUCACGAGCACGAGUUUAAACGCAGCUCGAAAUUGAGCAAUCUCGAAGUAAUACAGAGAGAACCCCCCCAAUGUCCUCCCAGACCCGCAUCCUAUACUCCCAGUUCUAACAACGAACCAACCGCGUAUGGUAACACCGCCGCGGUAGCUCUCAAUAAUUUGGACACCUUGCGUAGCUACGGUAGCGCAGGCGACGAGCUGGAGAAUUUCCCGCCAGAUUAUUUAAGAAAUUUGAAUCGUACCACUCCCGUCCCCCCACCAUCUUUAACCCUUACCAAUCCGGUGGUCAGUGGAAAUCCCACGAGCAGCGACACGGACAGCCUGCAUAAGCCCACGUGGCAAGAACAGAUGCAGCUGGCCUCUUUCAUCACGGACACGACUAAGAUAAAGAACGACCUGAAACGAACGAGCCCAGUGGUACCGGAGCUGACCACUGGAGGACUUCUACUAAAUUCAGCUCGACGAACGCCUCACGGAGGUGGGACCUCUAUCGCUUCCCUGACGUCCAUCGAGGAUGAUCCUCGCAUCGUUGGUGGGUAUCACUGGGACUGUUCAGAUUGGGUCAGGCCAAGCCAGAACCCCUUACCUAACAUCACGGAGAUACCUGGCAGCGAAGUUCCAGACUCGUCCAGCUUCCACAGCAAUGAGAGUAACGAGUCAAACACUCAUCAAUUAUCGUCAAUGCACGGUCCAAUAGAUCAAACGAGAGACAUCGAGACCUUGAACGAGGAUCAGGAGUCCGAGUAUGUCGGUGAUUCAGAAUGCGGAACCGAAUUUUCGGAACGAUAUCACCACUGUACCGAGACGCAACGUUUGAAUCCUCUGGACAGUGGCGGGGAAGGGGAAUAUAAGUACAAAGGGUCCGAAAGUUAUCUACGACAUCCGAAUUCUUAUCUACCCCAUUAUAAUAUUCACACGGAUACCGAAAACGAGACGAAUCCAUUGAAUGGACGUUUAAGCACACUCGAGUCCGACGAGGAAGAAGAUGACGUAGUGCCUUAUGGUUUUCCAAGCACCCGACGUAAUCGAUGCCACAAAGGGGAUGAAGUUGACGAAAUUGGUUCGGUGAUCACGACGCUCGAGGAAAGAAAUUCUUUGUUGGGCGGUGCUACGAGCAACAGUGAUCUCUCGACGAAUCUUUGCGAGAUCGAUGAUUCCGAAUACGAGAUCGCAGAUCAAAAAAGUAAUGGACGUUUGUGGUUGUCUGGUAACGGUAUCACUCAAACCUCGGUGUGACGAACGGUGCUACAGGAAGAUUCGACUAGACUGAUCCGAAACGCGUUUUCCUUCGUGUUCUUCUCGACUCAACGUGGGAAUCCGGUUGUUCAUAAAUCUACACUUUUGUACAUAGGUAUUAUCGAAUUAGUUAGACAGUCUGUACAGGUAGAGUUACGUAAAUAAGGGGACUGAUAACAUUAUACACAUUAUUAUAUUAAAGAGACCGGUGUGCGAUCGUCUAUUAUAUCUCGAACCGAUAGUAUGUAAUUAAUUAAUUAAUUAAUUAAUUAUUACAAUACGAGUACACCGUGCCUCGAAACUCUCCACGCGAUAUAGAGUUUUAGGUACCAACGUACUUAAUUCUACAAUUCCUCGGAAAAGUUUACUUCAUGCUGCUCGAUACUAACCAACCAAUUUUUAAUCCUGGAUGAGAAUACUUUUUAUUUUAAUUUCUUCGCUAACCGUUCAUCAACAUUAUAUAAUCGGUAUACGCCGAAGACCAUUUCUUCCUUCCUUUUGCUAAUUUACUGAAGGGAAAAAAAAGAGGAAAAGUAAUGAGUCCGAGCAAAGAGAUAUUCCGUGUAAACUACAUUCUAUAUAUAAUAUAUAAUAUAUAAUAUAUAAUAUAUAUAUUAUAUAUAUAUACAUUAAAAGAAUUAUUUCAUUUUAGAUUUAAUGAUAUUUCAUCGCUGAAGCGAGGUAAACUUAAUGAAUCACGACAGCGUCGUCAGACCAAUGACUAUCGUUUAAUAAAUCUAUCGUUUAAAACUUGGAUAUUAUCCAUGACUAUAAUUCCAGUGCUAAAAAUACAUAGGUAUUCUUUAUGUAUUUUUACUAUUUGCUAAUUGACUUUAUUUUGAUUACUUGUAAAUGAAGACAAACGGACUACUUAAUGAAUAUAAAUGAAUGAAUAAAUAAAUAAAUAUAUAUAUAUACAUAUAUAUAUAUAUAUAUAUAUAUAUAUAUAUAUAUAUAUACACACACACAGACACUCACAUGUAUAGAGAAUAAGUACUGUAUAGAUUAGGAAAUGAAUUGACUCUAGCGAAUGAAAAAAAAAAAGAAGAAAAGAAAAAAAAUAAAUAUUGCGCUACUUCUGCAAACGUUAAAUGCACGCAUCGAUCGCGAGCAGUAAACGCAGAUUAAUUAAUAAUAAUUAAAAAAAAAAAAGAAAAAAAAAAAAAAAAAGAAAAAAAAAGAUAUGAAAUAUUUUUACUGUGAUGAUAAUAAUGUUUAUACGAUGAUCAAAUACUAUAAAUAGUAUCGUAAUAAUUGCAAUGUUAACGAUGCGAGGUUUUAUAAAGAACAAAAGAAAUAUUAAAAAGAGGAAAAUGAGAUUGAGGAGGACGAGAAAGCGUGCGUAAAUCGAGUCAACGUUUCAUUUAUUUAAAUUUUUUAAUAAAUCAUUUUGUUUUUCUCCUCUCACGUGAGUCACCAUCGAUUCUAAAGCGAUACGUACCGAUCGCAUUAUACAUGGUGCUACUAUCUUACGUCACGCAUCACCGAUUAUAUUUAUGUCUCUUUAAUAAGACUGCAUGGCGAAGAAAGCGUUUCGCUGACCAUCAUUGCCCUUCAUCGUUUCAUCAUUCACAGGUCAUUCGUACAUUAUAGAUUUUGCAAUGGUAUAAAUGAGAUACCUAUAAACGUUAAAAAAAAAGACGUACAUACACUGCCGAUUUUAUUCUUAAUGCCAUAUUAAUGAACACAUUUUUGUUGAAUAAUUUUUUACGAAUUAUAUAUAUAUAUAUAGACACAAGGACAAACACAGAUAUAUAUAUAUAUAUAUAUAUAUAUAUAUAUAUAUAUAUAUAUAUAUAUAUAUAUAUACAUAUACACACAUGUAUAAAGAAAGAAAAAGAGAGAGAGAAAAAGAGAGAGAGAGAGGGGGAAAACAGUUAUUACGUGCCUAAGGUCUUUAAUCAUUGUCACUUCCCUAACGUGUAAUUUCCGUUUUAUCAAUAUAUGUAUAGAGGCAGCUUAAAUGGGUGAGGUAUAUAUGUUUUUAUACAUAUAAAGAAUAAUUAUCGAGAAAUUCAGUUUUAUGUUCCUGUUCGUUAAUGAACCGUGCGUAAGUGUACGUCCCAUACGUUGUAUUUUAACGGGACAAAAUUAGCAAAACGCAAAAUGUUUAAAUAAUAAUGCGAAAACAGGGUGAUUUUUCUUUUUACGUUUGACCAAGAGCGGAAAUAAAAGCGUCUUCUUAUAUAAGUUAAACAUUAUUGUUUCGUGCAGAUUGAAGGUCUCACGCGUCAUUCAUCAUAUGGAUACAAUUGAAACUAGAUAAUUUAUUCUAUAUUAGAAUGAAAUAAAAAGAUUGUACAGUUAAUUUAAAAUAGAUUGUAUCGGGAUCGUCAUCGAUGAACGUUUGAGACUUUCGAUCGGCGUCGGAACAACAGACUCUUCUUAAAUGUUAAGAUUAAUUUUAAUUAUUGACUAAACGAUCUACAAUUAUAUAUAGCCCCCUCUGGUCAAAAACGUUGAAACGAAGUUGACCUGCCAUUCUUUUUUUAUACAUUUUAUUUAAAAAUGAUCGAAGCGAUUACGCGCAUAUCAUCUUAUUAGAAAGAAUAAAGAAAGCAUUAUAAGAUUAAAUGAUUUAGAUAACAUCGUGCAAUUAAAAAAAAAUUUGGCUAUUCCUCCGGGCCAUUACGAAACAUUAUCCUAAAACGUAUUAAUAAUUACGUUACAUUUACUAGUAUCAUUUACAGUAAAUGUAUAGACUUUAUUGAGCGAUCGGAAUUGACAAAAGAACAAACAUAAUUGAUUUAUAUGGCAUCGUUUUUUUGUAAUGUUUUAAGAGAAGCUUUAACUUUAGGCCUACACGUACUCGCGGAUCGUUUUAGAUUUCAAAUCAAAUAAGAUUGUAGGAGAUAAAUGUUUGUUUUUCAUGUCAGAAAUAAGGAUACACGACGACUGUUUAUAUGAAUGAAUUAUUAAGGAAGUUUAAGUGGGUACAACUUCUAAAUUUCUCUUCAGAUUAGCCCUGCUCAUAGAAUACAUAUCGAUAACACAAAAUCUUUCAAAGAAUGACGAACUUGACUUAUUAUAAUUAUAAGGCUAUAAUUAAUUUGUACAAGGUCAACCUAUUGUAAUAAAGAAACCAAUCUUGCCUAUAA